AUGGGGUCCGCUGAACGACUGGGCGUUUUAGCUAUCUUCAGUCCCCCAUCCAAGAAGGAGCUUGUCGCCUGUUGGGAGCUCACUCGACUUGGUAGCGCCAUGGGCCCUAGUGGCGUCGUCUUCUAUCCUUUAGUGUUCUCGAUGGCCAUGGCAUAUCGAGCGAAGCCCGAAGUGUCGGCGCUCGAGGUCCUCGGAAGACUAGCCAUGUUCUGGAUUCUCUCUUGCGGAGUCAAGGCAUUCCUCAUGACAGCCGAUGAUAUACUAGACGCGGAUAUCGACGCCAAGGUCACUCGCACUCAGAACCGCGCUAUUCCCCGAGGGGAUAUCACCAUACUCCGCGCCUCAAUGUUCCUCAUCCUUCAAGCCGUCAUCGGAACAUAUCUUGCGAACACGUUCCUCAAACCCUACACCGUCAAGAUCACGGCACCCACUUGGCCGUUAUUUCUCAUCUACCCAACUUGUAAAAGAUGGAUGAGCUUCGCGCCGAUUGUCUUAGGGCUUAUGUUCAACUCAGGCGUAUUCAUGGGCUGGAGUGAUCUCAGUCCAGACGGCCGUGUACCUUGGAAUGUGUUAAGCCCGAUAUACGUUGGAUGCUGCUUCUGGGUCAUCGCCUACGAGACCGUGUAUCAACACCUCGACCGGGAGGAAGACGUGAAGCUUGGGAUCAAGUCUUUCGCGAUCUUCUGCGGCGAAUAUACGAACGUCGUGUGUGGCGCCAGCUCACUGUGCUUCACCGGCUUGCUCGCGUACGGCGCCUCCCUCAACGGUCACGGCCCAAUACUCUACGCGGCCCUGGCAGCCGUUACGCUCCAAUUACUUUACGGGAUCGCUCAUACAGACGUCAACGUCAGAAGCCAGUGCUGGUACUUCUUCCUGCUUACCCCACGUAUUGGUGCCAUCCUUGUGACUGGUUUCAUUACGGACGUGGUCUUCUACAGGUGGAUGAACGGACUUGCACUGUGA